AUGACGGCACGCGCAGUCACCGAACUCGUGUUGCAGCAGGCCGCUGGGGUGACAACAGCAGGAGGUGUGGCGUCGCUGGAGGCGACGGAUGCCGGUAGGCGCAAGUACGUUUUUGUUGAUGGACCUGCGAACCCCGACGUGGCUCUCAUUCGGUACGAUAUCCCGUUUGCGUUGUCCGAUCCCAAACGCUCGCUUAAGCUCCGCCAACGCCUCAGGGUUCCUCUCGACAAGCGCCCCGUCGACCCCAACGUGCGUAUCGUGAUUGACUCCUUCAUCACCCCACGUGCGUGGCGUGACGAGGCUGGGGUGCUGUGGGUGCAGCACGGGAGUCCGUACCCCGUCUCCCGCACCGAAACCGUUGAGACCCACAAUAAACUUCGCCGUCGCAUGAAGGAGCUGGGGGUCCAGCGCUGCACCAUCUCUCCCCAGCGCUCCCUGCUGCUGGCGGAGUGCUUCUUAGAAGUUAUUCGCCAGGUGACCGCGGAGUGCUGGGAGCGGGGACUGCUGUUGCUCAAAAUUCACACCGAGCGCACGGCCGCCCAGACGGCGCACCGGGAAUUGUUUGAGUCUCGUGUCGGACACGCCUUUCGCUUGGCACUCAAGGGCGAGAAAGACACGAGUCGGGUACAGCAGGACAUUGAAACUCUGAAGCGGCGUGCGGAGGAGUUGACUGAGGAGGAAAAAUUCCUGCGGCAACAGUGUGACGAAAUUUCUGCCAAGGGGGAGGAGCAGAUGCUGAUAUUAGAAAAGUUGCAUGGGGACGAAAUAGCGGCCAUCAAGAAGGAGGGGGUGCACAAACGCAACCAACUGGAGCAGAUGAUUGCGUUGCCUACAAUCUAA